AUGGGUGAUCACCUGGUCACGUGCGCCCCACAACGAACCCUAAGCCUCGCAAAUACCGUCCUGAAGCUGCAAAAGGACGUCCAGGAGCUCUCUCUGGCUCUUGCACAGCAGAAGGAGCAGCAGAAGACAGUAACCAACACCCUCUACCCCUGUGUCGGACAGUUCACCUGGAAACUGGAAGACGUUCGGCUCAAAGUGAAGCAAGCACAAGCCAGGGAGUCCCCCGAGCCAGUCAUGAUAUACAGCCCUCCUUUCUUCUCCCACGAAGGCGGCUUACAAGAUGUGCCUCUGUGUGUACCCUGCAGGAGACAGUAA